GGCGGAGGGAGCCGACUUUCUCCAUAAGUAGCUGAAGCACAAAAGUCCCCAUCAUGGAUUUUCAGCAUCGUCCUGGGGGCAAAACAGGCAGCGGAGGCGUAGCCUCUGCCUCAGAAAGUAACCGAGACCGCAGGGAAAGGCUCCGGCAGCUGGCUUUGGAAACCAUCGACAUCAACAAGGACCCUUAUUUUAUGAAAAAUCACUUGGGCUCUUAUGAAUGCAAGCUCUGCCUGACGCUGCACAACAAUGAGGGAAGUUACUUAGCCCAUACCCAGGGGAAGAAGCAUCAGACCAAUCUGGCACGUCGAGCUGCCAAGGAGGCCAAGGAGGCCCCUGCCCAGCCUGCACCAGAAAAGGUCAAAGUGGAAGUGAAGAAGUUUGUGAAAAUUGGAAGACCAGGUUAUAAAGUGACCAAACAGAGAGACCCAGAAACAGGCCAGCAGAGCCUUCUCUUCCAGAUUGAUUACCCAGAGAUUGCAGAAAGUAUCAUGCCUCGUCACCGCUUCAUGUCAGCCUACGAGCAGAGGAUUGAGCCCCCUGAUAGACGCUGGCAAUACCUUUUGAUGGCAGCAGAGCCCUAUGAAACCAUAGCCUUCAAGGUGCCAAGCAGAGAAAUCGACAAAGCAGAAGGAAAGUUUUGGACUCACUGGAACAGAGAAACCAAACAGUUCUUCCUUCAAUUCCACUUCAAGAUGGAGAAGCCCCCAGCUCCUCCAAACCUCCCUCCAGGGCCCCCGACUGUGAAGCGGCCUCCUCCACCUCCGCUGAUGAACGGCUUGCCCCCGCGGCCACCUCUGCCUGACUCCAUGCCACCACCUCCUCCAGGAGGCAUGACUCUGCCUCCUAUGCCUCCCUCUGGACCGGUGCCACCGCCUCCAGUGCCACCGCAGUUGCCACCAGCCCCCGGUGUACCCCCUCCUGCUCCUCUGCCACCCAUGAUGAGGCCACCGCUCCCCACAGAGGGGCCGGGCACUAUCCCCCCUCCGCCUCCCUCCAACUGAAGCCCCUCCUGGACUCAGUCCUGCUGGACUCCUCCAGCCCCUCUCUUUUUUAUAUGCAGAUCAUGACUGAUGGAGAGACCUAUUUUGGGUUUGUACACCUGCACAUUUGACUAAAUCCUGUAGGUUCAUUAAAAGCUUUUCAAUUUUC